CGUCAGUCGGGCAAGGAAAGAGAGGAAAGCGCAAGCAGUGCUGUCACUUCGAGCUCUCUAAGCUCCCUGAGUGCCCUGUCAGUCGCGGUUGAAUUCGAGCGCGUCGUCUUCCGGACAAGUUGAAGGUUGGCUCCACCCUCACUAUUUUCCCACCUCCCAGUGGACGACAAUGCUCGUCCGUCCCAAAUUACCCGCUCUUCUUCUCAGCUGCCACCGCGAGAAGUGCUACUUCCAAGCUCCGACUUGUACAGCUCAUAUCCGUCAUUUCGCUCGGGGUUCUAUAGGUCGGCGGUAACGAAGCACCCAGUUCAGUUGAGCUUUUGCUGGACACUACCUAUUGGACUAUUGAACCUCGUGUAAACGGGGUACAGUACUUUCACGACGCCUGGCGCCUUUGCGGCGACUGGAGCAAUAACACGGUCUUAAAGUUCCUUUGGCGAUGAGUGCUGAACUGGUACUGGAAGCCCAUCGCCGUCACCUCAAUAAUUCCAACGAUCGUGAUGCCCGGGACGCAUUCCUUCGAGAAGCCAUAAACUUCUUUGCCAAGACCCCGGAAAGCGAGUGUAUUUUACAUCAUCCUGAAACCCCGGAUAUCCAUGUGGAACUUCUGGGCUACUUCUCCCCGAAGAAUUUCAUCGAAGAACCCGUGAAGAGCAUUCUGAACAAGCUAGGGCGACAGUUAUCCACUUGCUUCGAUUGUUUACAUUACUACUACCAAGCAAAGCUGCAGUUUCGCUCGCGAUGGGGUUCCCAGUUUACCCCAGAAACGCUGCGGCAGCUGUUCGAUAGGAUACAUAAUUGGGACCUUGAGCGACAACAUGCUACGCUCUCGUCCUUCCAAACGCAGUAUGACUUGAAAUCGGACACCAUUACGGCGCCCGAGUUCAGAAAGUUGCGGAAGAAGAUCUUCUGUGUCCUCGAAGAGAUUUUUAGAUUUCCAGGUGAGCGGUGUGAAUGACAUUCUGUGUACUUCGACGUAUUAUUGCUCGGCUAACCAC